CAAACAACGUCACCGCCGCGAAGUGAUAAACACUUACCACUCAUACAAUUAGUUACAGGUAAGCUGGUGCUGACAAAGCGCUUUUUGUGAAACAAAAAAACAAUGACAUGGUCAUGCGCGCGCUUUAAAUAAUUUGCACGAGCUGUUUGUGAUGGGGCUCUCGGCUCUAUCAUGCGCUGCAGGAAGGAAACGAGGGCGGGCAUCCGAGAGGGAUGAACUGAGUAGGGCGGAGGCCGCUCUCUGCGGAGCCGCGGCAGGAGGUGCCUCACGCAUUCUGACGGCACCCUUCGACGUGCUCAAGAUUCGAUUUCAGCUUCAAGUUGGUUCCAUCGCGACGGCUCUUGAUCGGCAACGACUGGCAUAUCGAUCCGUGCUCAGCUCCCUCCGAAAAGUAAUUACGGAGGAGGGAGUCAUCGGGCUCUGGCGUGGAAACUUGGCGGCAACCUAUCUGUGGAUUGGUUACGGAGCAGUGCAUUUUCCCGUUUACGAAGCACUGAAGGUGGAGCUCGCAGGCCUGCCAGCCUUGGCACCAGUCGCCUCCUUCCUGGCAGGCGGGCUCGCAGGCCUGGCUGC